AGUCCGCUCGUAGGUUCUGUGAAGGAGGGCGGUGAAGACCACGGGUCAUCCCGUCACGUGCAGCUGACCUCCUUGGGUUCCCCUUGGGCCCCGCGCUCCCCUCUCUCGGUUACGACCCAAAUCAUCGCGCAGCUGAGAGAAGAGCAGCAAAAUUCCCGGGUUCCAGAAUUCUUCUCUUGUUUCAGCCCUAUUUUUUCUUCUUUCACAGCUCAGAUCUACAAAUCGGCGAGGAUCUGGAAGGAUCAUUCCCUGAAUUUCUGGAGGUCAUAAUUCAGUGAAACCUCGAUCUAUAUUUCAACUAGUCAAUAUGGAGACAGUAAAUGUUUACCUGUGAGGGUAAUAAGGUACAAUCACUGAGAUGGAGUCCACCAGUAUGGAACUUUACUGCUCCAUUCCAUUUUGAUCUGUUUGCUCAGGCAAAAACCUUCAAUCAAGAAACCUUACUGGGGAGAAGAUGCCUAAAAGAACCCUAGUUGCUUCUUCCCCGGGAUAUAUUUCUCCUAAGACUUUCAAACACAUAUCACCUCCAAAACCUCUAAGCUUGAGAAGAGGACCUACAAGGGAGAUAGCGUUCUUCUUACUGAAAGUUGCUGCUCUAGAGGCUGUAAGAAGACUCUCCAGAGCAAGGUGUCCAUUUGUAUGGCGGGCUGUUCAGGCUUUUCAAUGUCUUUGCUAUCCACCAUUCAAAUGGAUUCAAAGAUGGACACCCCUUAGGAUAUUGGUCAAAGGUGCACAGAAUGUUUCAAGCCCAUUAGUGUUUCUCUCGAUUGCAACAACUUUUUCUGAUCAUUUUGCAAAUUGUAAAAGGACAUCUGAUAGUGUGGAUGAUGCCGAAGCACAUUGUGAAUCACCUAGUAGGUCAUCAGCUUCUGAGAUGAGGAACUUUGAUGAAUCUCCUAAGGAUACAUUGCCCGAAUCUUGGUUGGUUCAACUUUCUAGAGAAUUGGAAAAACAGGGAAUUACUUUACCUGAAAGGAUCGAUGAGGAUGAGCUUCACAGAUUCUAUACUGCAUCAAAUGGUGACAUUUCAUGCUUGCUUUCAUCUCUCAAGAGGACCAUUCGUUGGAGGGAAACUUACAACAUACUCUCAUCACAAGAACUAGAAACGUGGUCACAUUUGAUUUUUUGGCAUGGAUUUGAUGUGAUGUUUCGACCUUGCCUUGUCAUCCGCAUUGGACUUGCAUGCUCUAGUUUAAUGCCUCAUAAUAGGCCACGCUUUGUUCAAGCUAUUGUUUCUCAAAUAGAACAAGGAGUCCUGCAUUUGGUUCAUGAAGAAAAUCCACGCAUUACAGUUUUAGUGGAUUGUGAAGGGUUAUCUCCACUCAAAUUUCCAAUGCAAAUGAUGAGAUCUUGUUCCACUCUUGUACAAGAUCAUUAUCCAGAUCGCCUUGGGGCUUUAUUCGUUAUGCGUCUUCCUCCGGUUGUUCGAGUUAUUGCACAGACAUUUUUUCAAGUUCUGAAGCCCACAACUCGGCAAAAAUUGCGUGUUGAGGGACCAACAUACCUGAAGGUUCUUUCUGAAUUCCUUCAGACUGUGCCGGCUUGUUUAGGUGGGAACUGCACUUGUUCACAUUGCAGGAGGCUUGUUGCUGGCAGCUCUCUAGGCCGAAUGGAAGAUACGAGCAGAAGCCAGCAUCACAGAAAUGUUUCAGAUGAUGAUGCAGCUGUCAAUGGUUACCCAAACACUGAUCUUCCAAUGAAUGUUAACUGCGACCAUGUACUGAGGGCUGUAAUAGUAGUCUUCCUCAUGCUGUGGAUUCUCAUUUCAUUUUUUGCAGGGAUGAAUGAUACUGAAUCUCCUUCAUCGCAACUAUCAUAAAGUGCUACAUUUGCUCAAUUUCUUUUUUGAAUAUUCUGUCAUUAGCUAACAAUAUCCCUACUAAGUAUCUUUAUUGAAAAUAAUGGAUAUAUUACAGAGCUAUGUGUGAUUAGUAUACCUGGUA